AUGCUUGCCCUCGACACCAGCAGUAGCGCGGCAGAGGGCCUGAGUGAGAAGACGCUCUGGGCUUUCGUCGUUGCCCACGUCACGCGCAUUUCUACGACAGUGUGGGGUGAAGGCUACAUUCCAGAGGACAACACUGGCGAUGUCUUCUUGUAUCAGGGCUUGGAAUUGCUUGGAGUGCUUGUCGUCGUGUUCCAGGUGCUGCGCCUUUCGGCCGUUCGCAGCUCGCAGGAUGUGGGUCAAGGAAUCGAGCGAUGGAGCCAACUUAUUGCCAUGAGUGUCUUGGCGGCUGUGCUAGCGUACUUUACGAAGAGCACUGGCCAUGACGAUUACUGGGCAGACUUGAGCUGGAUGUUUUCCACAUGGAUGGAAGCCUUCGCUCUUGGGCCUCAGGUGUACUUGCUGGUUACUGGUGCCUGUGCGGUGGACGAAAGUGCCGCGCACUUUGCAGGCCUUACGCUUGCCAGUUCAGUAGUCUUCACCGCCUUCUGGGGCAGAGUGACUCGUGACCGAUACAGAGAGUUCGAUCAAGAUGGUGACCACACGUUCUUCCACGCAAUUCUGACAGCGUGCUUCAUACGGGUGGCACUGUGCGCAACCUAUGUGUAUCUCUUUACCAAGCAGACCAAGAAGAGACCGGACUAUGAGCUCUGUGCAGCUGACGAGCUCUAG